AUGGAGAAGGUGAAAACAUUCAAACGAUACCGUUUCAAUGAAGCGAUCCGUGCCCAAGUAUUUAAACACACGAUAUCGCAGAAGACAAACAAUACUCAUGGUCUCCUCUCGUUAAUUGAAGAUUGGUCCAUCAUCUUUCUUUCGAUCUAUACUUCCAAAUAUGUUUAUGCUCAUCAUCACACAUAUUUCCUGUUGCCAUUGAUGGCUUAUUUCAUCGCGAUCUGCAUUAUUGGUGCUCGACAGCGUGGCCUCGCAGAUUGUCUGCAUUUAGCCACACACUAUUGUUUCGCAUCGAACCAAUACAUUAAUUUCGUUCUCGGAACAUUUACUUCGGGCUAUUUGAUCUUUCAAAGUUUUCAUGGCUAUCAAGUGUCACAUGUGAGAAAUCAUCAUCCAUAUUUGGGUACGCACAAGGAUCCAGAUUAUAUGAGUUUGAAAGAAAGUGGAAUUUGUGGUGAACAACGAACAAAGAGAAAUAUUCAGAAGUAUUUGAGAAAUCUUUUCUCGCCGAAAUCAUCGUGGAAUUAUCUGGUGUAUUUGAUACAACAUCGAAUAUACAGUCAAGAGGAAGAUAAAUACGAAACAUGUGUUCGGAGUAUUUAUCUAACUGGAUGGCUCGUGAUCUUUGUUUAUACUGGAAAUUUUCUGAACUUAUGUCUAUUUUGGUUUAUUCCUUAUCUAACAACUCAUAUGUGGAUAGGAUCAUUUAUUGAAUUAUUGGAACAUUAUCCACUAGUUGAAACAGCACCACGAGUCGAUAUUUACAUGACGCGUAAUCGAAUCUGUGGAUGGCUAUGGAAUUUCUUCUUUGGAGUUCAUAACGAACAUUACCAUAUGAUUCAUCAUUUGUUUCCGAAAGUUCCUCAAUGGGAAUUUCAUUCUGUACAUUUAAUUUUGAUGCAAGAUCCAAUCUAUGCAAGUUUACAUGAGAAAACUGGUUGGAAACAUUUGUUGAAAGAAAUUAUUGAAGUAGAUGGUUUAACUACAAUGAAUGAAUAG